CCCCCGGCCGCGGAGGGCGCGCACCUGGCCGCCCUGUUCCUGCACUGCUCCGGCUACAGCGCCAUGUGCGGCCACGCCGUCAUGGGCCUCGGCCGCUUCGCCCUCGACUACGGGCUGGUGCCGGCGCCCACCCGGCCCGAGACCGCCGUCCGCCUGCGCUGCCCCUGCGGGCCCGUCACCGCCUUCGUGCCCUGGGACGGCCGCCGCAGCGGCAACCCCGUGCGCUUCCACAGCGUGCCCGCCUUCGCUGCCGCCACCGACUUGGCCGUUGAUGUUCCUGGCUAUGGGAAGGUGGUGGUUGACAUCGGCUAUGGUGGCACUUUUUAUGCCUUCCUCAGUGCUGAGCAGCUGAGCCUUGAUGUGUGCUCCUCAAAGACCAGAGACCUUGUCAGUGCAGCGAGUGCAGUGACAGAAGCGGUGAAGAAACAGUUCAAGCUUCAUCACCCUGAGAGUGAAGACCUGGCUUUCCUCUAUGGCACCAUACUGACAGAUGGGAAAGAUGCCUUUAGCGAGGAGCCCACCACCAACAUCUGUGUGUUUGCAGAUGAACAGGUUGACCGAAGUCCCACAGGUUCGGGGGUGACAGCUCGCAUUGCCCUGCAGUUCCAUAAGGGACUCAUCCAGCUGGGCCAGACCAGAACCUUCCGGAGCAGCACCACGGGCUCCUUGUUCACUGGGAAGGCAGUGAAGGAAACCAAGUUUGGGAACUACAACGCCGUCAUUGUGGAAGUCUCAGGAGAAGCCUUUUACACUGGUACAGCCACCUUCACUGUGGAAGAGGAGGACCCACUGAAACACGGCUUCUUCUUCAAGUGACCCGAGCCACGGGUGGUGGCAAAGUCUCACUGAUGGUGCUGUGCUUCUCCUGCCCAUGAAUUUCUGUUUUGCGUCUCCAGAUGUUGCAACAGGAACAGCCUUGUGGUGUGACAGCAUUUGUCACAUUUCAGGAUAACAGGCCUGUUGCCCUCUUGUGAUUAUUGGGAGCACUGUGAUUAACAUAUACAAGCUGCUCUGAGAAGCUGUAGUAUUCUUCUUUUUCUUCCCAAUAAUUCACAGAAAACAGAGCUGAUGUUGGAGAGCUGCCUUCAAAUUUAUGUGCCUUCUCUAUGUCUGCAAAUUAUGAAUUUCAAAGUUAGAUUUCUAUUAAAUACCAGCUGAAAACUCUGCCACUUUCCUUGUUUUCACUCCCAUAGCUCAUUUGCAGGAUUCUGCUGAGUGUCAUGACUCUGGGUUUGAAUUGCAAGCUCUUGUCUCCUGCUCAGCCAGCUGUGCUGCUCUGUCUCAUGUCCCAGCUUCCC